UGAGACAGCAAUGUGAAUGUCCAACUCUGUACAAAACAGAUAUUGUUAUCCAUACCAUCCGAGACCUCCAGAAGUACAAACCACGGUAGAAGAAGAAGAGGAAUGGAGGGAAGCUCAAUUUUAAGCUGUUCAAAUUCUUACUCUUCGUCUUCAAAUCAUUAUUCUUUAAAAACACAUCUCAAAUUCACUGUUCAAUGGUCACGGUCUUUAUCUUCUUCUAUUUGGAAAAGCCAAAAGGCGAGUUUAGGCCUUAUGUCCAAUUUGCAAGCGAAGAGGCAAACGCUGGUGGCAGUCGCGUCUCCUACCCCUAGAAGCUCUCUUCGUACUUCUGCAUUCGUGAUUGAGAAAGCAACGGAGAAUUCAACGAAGGGAAAAGAAAUGAUGCCAAAGAUUGAUAAGAGUGGCAGGUUUUGCAGCCCCAGAGCCGCUCGGGAGCUCGCUCUAUUGACGAUAUAUGCAGCAUGUUUGGAAGGCUCCGACCCAAUUAGACUUUUUGAAAAACGAAUGAAUGCAAGAAGAGAACCUGGUUAUGAAUUUAACAAGGCAUCAUUGAUGGAAUAUAAUCAUAUGAGCUUUGGGGGACCUCCUGUUACAGCUGAAACAGUUGAAGAAGCAGACAAGCUUCAGCAAAGUGAUGAAAAAGAAUCUGCAGUCGAAGAAGAAGUCCUUUCAGCUCCUCCAAAGUUGGUGUACAGCAAAUUACUUUUGCGUUUCACAAGGAAGCUUCUAGUUGCAGUUGUAGAUAAGUGGGAUAGCCAUGUCCUUAUUAUAGACAAAGUUUCUCCGCCUAAUUGGAAGAAUCAACCAGCUGGCAGAAUUUUAGAAUUUUGUAUCCUCCAUUUGGCAAUGUCCGAGAUCACAGUUCUUGGAACACGACACCAGAUUGUUAUUAAUGAGGCUAUCGAUCUUGCUAAACGGUUCUGUGACGGGUCAGCACCGCGCAUAAUUAAUGGGUGUCUUAGGUCUUUUAUGAAGGAUCUAUCAGGAACCAAUGAGGCUCGGGCUACAGAUGCUAAUCAGAAGGUAGAAGUAUGAAGUACAAACUCAUUAAGACUUUUAUCUGCUGUGGUUGUGAGAUCCCUGAAGGAAAAAAAAAGCCCCAGUUUGAAUACCAUCUUGCUGGUCUUGGAAGAGCUACUUUAAUUUCCCUUUUACUUCCAGUUUCCUUGAAGCCUCAACAGGUUCCUAUUUUGCUAGUUUGCAUUGUGUCCAAAAGUGUAAACCGGAUGGUAGACCAGAAACUUGUAUAAUAUGUAUCUCAAUAUAUUAUUCUUUUUGUUCUUGCUAUGGUUUGUUGUAGCAACUUCCAUGUUUAGGAUAAUGAUGGAUUAGUAGUCAUUGGCUCUUGUUUACAACAUUUUAAAACAGGCAUGUGUAAUGUAGAAAUUUCAAAAUUUUUGCAUGAA